GUAAGAUGUAGAGCUAUAAUAAAAUUUAAUUUUUUUCCCCUUUUUUUCACGUCUCACGAACAGAAAAGAUUCAUGACUUGUCAGAAAGAGAAUCUGCUCUUCAAGACCCACCGAUGCCAUUUGGUAGGUUUGUUGCAAUGAUAACUCGUUUCGAGAAUACUUUUAUUAAUGGAAAGUCCUACUUAUCUCUUGGACAUAUCAGAAAAGUCCGGUUACACUUAAGAAAAAGUUAUAUUAUUAUAUCUAACAUGAUGUUUAAGUAUAUAUGUUAAUGCUUCUCUGGGUGGUUUUCUGUGAUUUUACUAAGUGGUUAUUAAAAACGUGCUUGCAAGUUUCUAGAGGAAGUUUGAAUGGUUUGCGUUAACUGGCUGGAAAAGUUAAUAAAGUCAAUACAGACGAGGGUGGGAGGGGUGGUUUACCUUACGUUCCUUUUCGUAGGCUUUUUUUUCUAAUUUUUGAUGGCAUGUUUGUGUCUUAUUUCUCUUUCACGCCUUAGUCAUUCCAGAGAAACUUGUAGAACUUAUCAGACGAGACUACAAAGGCGCUGUGCUGUGUCCCUUUCCAUGGUGUGAAGAUGAACUGCAACUGAAGCUAUCGAACAUCUUCACAAGACUACAGAUAGUUAGUAGAACAAAAGAACGUUCACAACUAACCGGUUACACUGUUAAUAUGACAGAAAUAUUCAAGUCACAUCCAGAAUGCCACAAUCCACGCGUGGUGCUGAUCGAGGGGAAUCCUGGGAUGGGCAAAACCACCUAUUGUCAAAAGCUGGCUCAUGAUUGGUCCGUGGGGAAGAUUCCACCUGAUGCGUCAUUUCCUAAAGUGGAAAUUUUGCUUUUGUUGAAAUGCCGUGACAUGCACAUGAAAACUGCUAACAUCGAGGAAGCUAUUGAUGAUCAGCUGCUUCCACAAGACGCAGGCAAGAAGGAAAAAGAAGACUUCUUCCAUUUUAUUCGUUCAAAUCAGUCUAAAAUAUUACUGAUUCUCGAUGGUCUGGAUGAAUUACGUCAUGAGCUGCUUCCGUACAUUCAGCCAUUGAUUCAAGGCAAAAUUUUUUCCAACACCUUCCUCGUUUUAACAGCUCGACAUGAAGCGGGAAGAAGUCUACGGCGAUACUGUGAUACGCUUCUGGAAAUCAUCGGAUAUACUAAUGAUGACGUCGACAGUUACAUCAAGAAGUAUUUCAGCAAGCACGAGGACCAAAGCCUUGCGGAAAGAAUGAUUGUGCAGCUGGAAUAUGACGAGGAGCUGAGAGAGUUAACGGCUAAUCCACUAAAUACAGCUUUGUUGUGUCUUCUGUGUGAAGAGACAAAGGGAAUUUUCCCUUCCAGUAGAACGAAACUUUACGAUGAUCUUGUCUCUUGUGCUCUGAGAAGGUAUUUUAGCAAGAGGGGUGUGCCUUUGAGUGACGACGAUCCCUUUGAGAGAUGUUCAGACGAGCUGAAUCAGUUGGGGGAAAUGGCAUUUGAGGCCCUGUUGAAGAAUCAGUUGUAUUUCAGUCGAGACGAGUCCACUGAUUUCCUGCAAUUACCGUUUCUUUCCUGUGAGCCUAGUGUGAGCAAAAUCAGGCCAAGGCCAUGCUAUGCUUUUACUCACAAAACUUUCCAGGAGUAUUUUGCUGCAUUCUACUUGGCUCAGCAAAUCAUUACUGGAAACAAAGGAGAAGCCAAAUCCCUGUUAGCUCAGCUCAGUCCUGUUGAUAACUGGCAGGUGUGGGAAUUUCUCUUGACAAUGGUCCUAAGAAAGAGAAGUGAAAUGGCCGUUUUUGUAGUGUCACGUCUUUGUGCUUUUUUCUACCAAGAAAGACCACGAAACACAGUCAAACCCAGUGUCGAUAGUUGGGAUUUUGAGGCUUGUGAGGGCGAAAUUGAAGAUUGGACUGUCAAUAUGUACCGUUUGAGUGAAGAUGAACAAGUUUUGGAGGAUGUGGUUACUAAAACACUUGCCGUCAUUGUUAAUUGCGAAGAAGGUGAAAACAAACUUGAUGAUAACCAAAGGAAAAUGGUACAUGUACUGGCGCGCUGCUUUCCAGUGAGAAAAUUGAACCUUGGUGUAGGCCGCCCCGAUUUUAUCGUUUAUUCAGAAUACUUGAAAGCCAACUGCACUCUGACAAAUUUACUUUUGAGAACCAGUGAGGCUGACGAGCUUUUGUUAGCAACAGUUAGGGAGGCUCUGCACCAUGAACAAAAUUUAAAGCACUUAACUUUGGAGUGCGUUAAUUUUGAUUACAUGAUCGUCAAGGGCACACUGGAUAUGAGAGAUCGCUGCCCUGAUUCACCUUCCGGUUGGCAGCCCAUUUACAGUCGUAUUGAAAAUAUCAGUAAACGGGAAUCAUGGAUGGUGGAUGUCGGUUCCAAAGAACUUGCGUACCUGUUAAAGUUGUAUCGUCGUUUAACUCGUUUGAAUUUAAAGGGAGUCAUGCUCGGUUGUAAAGGAGCCGCAGUACUCGUAGAGGUUUUUCACACUAAUCCCAAUUUGACACAUUUAAGUCUUUUUAAUGCGUCCAUCAGUGAUUUAGGAGCCAUGUGCAUCGCUAACGCUCUGCGAUCAAAUUGUUCUUUAACCCAUCUUAGUCUAAGGGUAAAUUAUAUCAGUGUUGUAGGAGCCAGUUGGUUGGCAAAUAGUCUAAAACGAAAUUGUACUUUACAGUAUCUGGAUCUAAGUGAUAAUGUUGAUAGUGAUCCAUUAGCUGUAGAGCUUGCUAGUGCUUUGAAUCUAAUUCUUCUCUCACACACCCUCGAUUUAAGGCAUAUUUGUCCGGGCGAUAAAAGAUCCACUAUUUCAGUGGAUUCUGAUAAAAUCUCUCUCACCACUGUUCCCUGCAGAUUAAUUAGUGCCUUUGGCGCGUCGAAACUUAAAAGAGCCCUUCUUUUGAAUCGUACGCUGACUUUUUAG